CAAAAACCCCAUUUGCCGCGGACGACUGACUUUCUUUCUUUCUUAUCAUCUCGGAAGACGAUCACCGGCGAGUUCACUUCGCCGGUCUCUCAUCUCCGGUUCCAGCAGCCACUGAAAGCUGGUGCAGAGUACAUAGGAAUACUUGUUGUAGUACUGGGAAGCGGAUGCACUUUGAAAUUCAAUUUCAUUUACUCGUAAAUAUUUACAAUGGAGGAACUGCAUAAGAAUGAAAGUUGGGUUGACAACUUGUGCCACAAGUUUGAGACUUUUUGGAACGGGCUUGAGGAAUUCAAGGAGCCGGCUGCAUAUUAUGAACUUGUCGGUGAUAGUGUAAAGAAGUUCUGUUCUGAUGCUUUUGAAGACAUGAUUUGUCCUCUUUCAGUGCAUCCUGUACUAGAUAGUGCGCAAAUAAUACCUUCAAAGUUGAAUGAUUUGGUUGAGGCCUCCACAAGUUCAGCUGUAGCCACGAAAGAAAACUGUGUUGAUAAUAGCACAACUAAAUUAAGAGAGUCUUCGUUAGUCCCAACAGAAUCAUAUGAGGAACCUUUAACUGCUGGUCCUUACCAUCCAGAGAAAAUCACUUCAGAAGUUAGUGGAGAUCCUGUUGGAGAAGGUGAUGGUAUGAUAAAUAAGACUUCUGAUGAUGACAUUCAAGUUCAACUAAACUCUUGUACAGAAAGCCAAGAAGAUGUUGGUUCUCCUGAACAUAAGAAUUCUUCUGAAUCAUUUAUGUAUCAUGCAAGUUCAGAGACUAAUGCUUCAGUUUCUGAAGAUGAAGCUUGGGGCUUGCCAUUUUCAGUUGAUCAGAGUUUGGUUGUUGACAAAAAGAUCGAAGACGAUUCAUUGAUGAAUUUUAAAGAAAAGAAAACGCUUCUGAACAGGUCCAUUGAUGAAUUUGAAUGUUAUUCCAAUACCUUAGCCACCCACCAGUCAUCUGAAUUAGAAAGUUGGAUUUGUUGCUCUGAGAAUCAAAAGGAGGCUGCCGGUGGUAUCUUUGAUGGUGGUUUAGUAAUUGAAAAGUGUGAUGACGGUCAUUUAGUUAAGAUCUCACAUGGGUCUAUAGAGAACCCUCUUGAUAACGAAUCAGAAGAAGAGGGAAUUCUUUCUGAUGCAAGCUCAGAGACUUCUGCUUCAGUACUUGAAGAUACUGAUUGGUGGGGUAUAGUUGACGAAAUGAAUUUGUGCAUUGACAAAAAGAUGGAAGAAAAUCCAUUGAUAAGUCUGAGAGAAAAAAAUAUGCUUUUGAACAUGUCUAAUGAUAAUUCUGAGUGUGAUACAAGUGCUUUUACCACUAACCAAUCAUCUGAACUGGAAAGUUCAGUUACAUGCAAUGACGAUAAAGAGAAGAAUCAGAGUUUUAUCUUUUUGGGUGGUUCAUUACAUGAAAAGUUACAUGAUUCAUUCGGAAGUUUCACUUCAGAACCAGAUACAAUCAACUAUAAUGCUACAACAUUAGUGGACAAUUUAUCGACAUCCUCACAUGGUGUCUCAACUUGUGGAUUUUUCACAGUUUCUGCCAGUAAUAGCAAUAAUGAAGCUUUUAUCACGUCUAAUACCGAUUAUGGAGAUGCAGAUGGAUCCAACAUUGAAUUUGAAGACCUCAAAUUAGAUGACGUUUAUUCUCCUACAAAAGAUCAGCUUGUUAAAAGUUGUAUUAGUGUCGAAAGCAUAAACCCUCUUGAGUUUCCAUCAAAACGAAGCAAGUCUUACAAGAAAAUAAUAAAAGAUGUUUUCAUGUCGAGAAAGAAGGUAGUAAAGGAUUACUUAGAGCUGCCAGUAUUGUAUGUAGAUAUUGACAAUGAAUUAAGCCAACUAACAGACAAGAACACACAAAAAUCAGCAGCUCAAGAUUCACCCUAUUCUGAUUGGGAGCUCUUGUAGACGAUUAUGCUACCUGUAAAGCAUAGUUGUUUCACAUUUCUGCAGAUAAAGAUGAGAUAAGUGUUGAUAGUUAUGUUUUGAAUGCUUUGCUCAAAACUCAUUGAUAAUUGAAGUUUUUAUCUGUAUUUUCAAGCAAA